AUGAAGCCCAUGGAAGGGUGCGGGCAGGUUCUCUGUCACGUCGUGGACGGAGGUGCCGCGGCCAUCGCUCGCGCGGAAGGAGCCGCCCGUGGCGCGUUCCAGCCCGCCCGGCUCCUCGCGGGUCCCGUUGUCACGGUGGCCCAGAGAGGUCGUAAAGACUCCAUCCAAGGAGAAAUUGAAAUGUUACUGGACACGGCCCUGGGCACCCUGCCCUCACUGACCCUGCUCGAGCAGAGGGCUGGAGUAGAGGUGUCCGGAGGUCCCUUCCCGCCUCAGCCCCGCGGUGACAGUGUGAACCCAGGUCCUGGCCUCCUCCGAGGGGCCGCCGAGGGUUCCCGGGAACACAGGAUACGGCGCUGCUUUGAAGCCGCGUUGGAGCCCUUCAAGGGGUUUCUUCAGCCUCACAAGGAUUUAAGUUUGUAUCUACCACAUUCUAGAGGCGUGUCUGAGCGCUUUCUUUACCUGUCCCUUGUCACGUGGGCACAUGGGUGCUGUGCGGGCGUCCAGCCCGACGCGGGCUCGCUCCGCAGAGGGAGCGCUCCCGUUGCGGUGCGUGAAGGCUCCGUGUCCCCACGGCCACCGUGCCAGAGAGCGCCCAACCGAGGAGGCUUCGGAGUGCAGCAAGAAACGCUCCUGCGUUCGCGAAUGCAGAGGAGCUGUGCCUUAAGCUUGGUUCUGUCGGCUGAGUCCCUGCUGAGCAGAGGCUGCCGGGGCUCCCGGCGGAGCAGGCGCUGCCGGAGCAGGCCGGAGCGCGGCGCUCCUGGCGCUGGUGCGCGAGCGCAGGCACGCGUGUGCGCGGAGGAAACACGGGAACAUGGGAACGCUGUCAGCUUACACGUGCGCGCUGCCGUCCAGCUCCCGCGGCGUUUCCCUGCAGGACUGGCUGAAGGAAUUUUGCCAGGCUUGAUGCCCUCCUUUUGGCUGGGGAACGAGACGCUGAGGGUGCCCGCAGCGCUCUUCGCCCUGAACAGAAGGCGCCUCUGUGACCGCCUGCGACAGAACAAGGAUGUCCAGGCUAAUUCCCUUGUCCUGCUGCAGGGUGGGGAGGAAACGCAGAGAUACUGUACGGACACCAGUGUUUUGUUUCGUCAGGAAUCGUACUUUCACUGGACUUUUGGAGUAACUGAAGCAGGCUGCUUUGGAGCAGUUGAUGUUGAUACUGGAAGAUCCAUACUCUUCGUUCCACAACUCCCUGAAAGCUAUGCAGUUUGGAUGGGAAAGAUUCACCCUCCUGAAUACUUCAAGGAGAAAUAUGCUGUGGAUGAAGUUCACUAUGUAACUGAGAUAGCCAGUAUCUUGGCAUCAAAGAAACCAUCUACCCUUCUCACUCUGCGCGGUGUUAAUACUGAUAGUGGAAAUGUCUCCAAAGAAGCUUCAUUUGAGGGAAUCAGCCAAUUUAACGUGAACAAUAAAAUUCUUCAUCCUGAAAUUGCAGAAUGUCGUGUGAUUAAGACAGACAUGGAGUUGGAAGUUCUCCGCUACACCAAUAAAAUCUCCAGUGAAGCCCAUAAAGAGGUAAUGAAGGCAGUAAAAGCCGGCAUGAAGGAAUACGAGAUGGAGAGAAAACUUAGAGGGGAUCUGCUGGUUGGCUCCAUGUGGGGCAUCCUGGCCAGCCCAACUCAGGUGCAGUAUCAUGGGUUCUAG